UGUUAAUGUGUCUCUUUUCUCGCAGUCGAUGCAGAAGUUGUGCAGAUCGCGAUAGUCAAAGCGUCAGUGCCGUUUCACUGCAGAGCGUUAUAAGCGCGCGCUCGCGGAGGAGAAGCACGUCCCGAACGCACUCCGAUGGAAAGUUGUGCGGAAUGCUGAUCCUGAGGAAGUUUUGCCACCGUUCCCUCACUCCAGACUCAAUGAUGCAUCGGAGGAAGUACAUUUUUAACCUGGAAAAUUGCAAUCGUACGGAAUAAAGCGCAGCAGUCUGUCCGACGCGUGCUCUAACGCGGACGAAGUGUUUAACGAUCCGUUUAAGGACAGUCACAGAAUCAUUCGGCGAACGCGGAUUCCUGGAGAUUGGAUGCGCUUUUUAAACGUUCCUGCGCAAUUAUGGGUUGUAAUAAGGUGUGUGUGGCACUGAUCGGGGCGGUUGUCGUCAUCACGCUCAUCGUCAUUCCCACGGCAAUUUACAUGAACAGAGAUGAUUCUGGAUUAAAGAGAACUUAUUCUUUUAAUGAUUUUUACAACGAUACCAUCAGGUAUAAAACAUACAGUCUCCGUUGGAUAUCAGACAAUGAAUACCUCCACAAAACCAAUGAAGGCCAUAUUUACUUGCACAAUGCUGAAACGAAGGAAAGCUCGAUAUACCUGAGCAACUCAACAUUUGUCCAAGUGGAUGCCACAGAUUACAUCGUGUCAGCAGAUAGAAAAUUUGUUAUCUUUGAGAGCAAUUACUCCAAGCAAUGGCGACACUCUUUCACUGCGUCCUACCAUAUCUACAACAUGGAGUCUCAGGAAUUUUUCUCCAAGUUUCAGAUUCCACCUGUUACACAGCUCUUAGUUUGGGCGCCAACAGGAAACAAACUGGCUUACGUCUGGGAUUAUAAUAUUUACCUCAAAACGACUGCCACUGCUGAGGCCGUACAAGUCACUCAUAAUGGAGAAGUCAAUAAAAUUCUCAAUGGAGUACCUGACUGGGUCUAUGAAGAGGAGGUUUUCGCCUCCAAUGAAGCCAUUUGGUGGUCUCCGCAGGGGAAAUAUCUGGCUUAUCUACAAAUUAAUGACACUGGAGUUCACACCAUUGAAUACUCAUUGUAUGGAAAUGACCAGUACCCUACCACAGUAUUUAUCCCCUACCCAAAAGCAGGCAGUGUAAUUCCCAGAGCAAGGCUGUUUGUAAUUGACGUCGAAAAUCCAUCCAAACAAUCAGAAGUUGUGGUACCGAAAUCUGUCGGAUCAGGCGAUCACUAUCUGAGCACAGUCACGUGGGUCACAGAUGAGCGACUGGCUGUUCAAUGGCUGCCACGCAGACAGGACCGAGUCCUUCUGCAGAUCUACGACUACGACGGCACCAAAUGGAAAGAAAGCUCGAAAUUUGAGCAAAAGAGCAAAACUGGAUGGGUUGGACGGUACUUUCCCUCAACUCCUCACUUUGCAGCAAAUAACAAGAGUUUUUACAAAGUUAUGAGUAAUGUCAACGGUUACAAACAUCUCCACUAUGUGAAUGCUGAAACAGCAACACCCAUCACCUCAGGCAAAUGGGAAGUGAUAUACAUCUCAAAAGUAACCAAAGAUUCCAUAUACUAUGUGAGUAAUGAACACAUGGGAAGACCUGGACAGAGAAACCUUUACAAGAUUUCUAUAAGCAACAAUGGACAUUCUGUCCCGAAGUGCGUCACCUGUUCGCUGUACCAGGACAGGUGUCAGUAUAACUCGGCUUACUUCAGCCUGAACGCCUCUUACUUCCGUAUGGACUGCUACGGACCAGGGCUUCCACUGUUUAUACUGAUGGACAACAGAGAGCCUGUUAAAGAGAUUCAGGUCCUUGAGGACAAUAAGAAACUGGAAAAAAUUCUGACUACUGAGCUUCUGAUGCCAACCAUCAAACGUGCCACAAUGAAGAUCGCAGGAUUCAACCUCUGGUAUCAGAUGAUGUACCCACCAAAUUUUGACCCAUCCAAAAAGUACCCUCUUUUCAUUCAAGUGUACGGUGGACCAGCCAGCCAGAACAUAGAUUUCGUGUUUCGACUGGAGUGGGCCACGUACCUGUGCAGCACAGAGAAGGUGCUCGUCGCCAGCUUCGACGGCAGGGGAAGUGGUUACCAAGGCGAUGAGAUAAUGCACGCCAUCUACGAGCGACUGGGAACGUACGAGGUGGAAGAUCAGAUCUCGGCCGUGAGAAAAUUCAUUGAAAUGGGUUUCAUUGACAAAGACAGAAUUGCAAUGUGGGGUUGGUCAUACGGCGGCUAUGUGACGUCCAUGGUUCUGGGAUCAGGAAGUGGACUGUUCAAAUGUGGAAUCGCUGUGGCUCCCGUUGCAAAGUGGGAGUAUUAUGACGCCGUAUAUACAGAGAGAUACAUGCAUCGCCCCGACGAGAACUCGGAAAGAUAUAAAAAUUCAACUGUGACCGACAGGGCAAAAAAUAUCAAGUCGGGGCAAUACAUGCUGGUGCACGGCACUGCAGACGACAACGUCCACUUUCAGCAGGCUGCUCAAAUUUCCAAAGCCCUGGUGGAAAAUCAAGUAGACUUUGAAGCAAUGUGGUACACCGAUAAGGAUCACGGACUGUCCGGUAAAGCACGUUACCAUCUCUACACACACUUGAACCAUUUUCUGCAGAACUGCUUUGCUGAGAACAAAUAAAUGGGCAUUGAUGAAUAUAAAAUACGUAAAUACAUGUCCUCUUCCAUUGACAAAACACUGUUGAUGAUGACAGACGCUUUACAUGUUAGUCUGUAUAUAGAACAGCUUAUGUCGGAAUCAAUGACAUUGAUUUUUGUAUUGUUAUUUUUUUAUAUUACUUAAUGUGUGAUAUUUUUAUUAGCUGUUGUUUCUGUGAUGGUAACUCUCACAACAUGAAUGUAGUUUAUAUCACAGACUUUGUCAUGUUACAUAUUUCUACAUUUACACAUUGAUUGUGGAAUAUCCAUAGAGUUUAUGCGCUUGUGUUUAUGCACUGAGUUUAAUGUGUAAUUCGAGCAUGUGUGUGUUAGACAAACCGAUCAACUGAAACAUUCUGGAUUUGCCUUAGACUUCUGACUCAUGUUUCAUAUAUCCUGAAAUCUGAACAAAAUUAAAGAAAUACUUGUGUGUGAAGUAA